UAUUUAAUAAUAAUUAAAAAGUAAUACUUGAAGUUGAGUAGAAUAGGGUUUUUGUUAUUGUAUCUGUGAAACUACCUUAACUGGAAUUUUUUGCGCACAAGUAAACAUUUGCACUGUGAUGAACCCUUAUAUAAGAUAUUAGGAAAUAAAUUAAAAAAUGACCUCUAUAUUCAAGGGCCUUUUGCCCAAAGGAAAGACUGUCCUCUCAACCGAAAAUCGUCUAACGACUUUAGUACGGUACAACCAUGACCUAAACAGACCAACUCACAAGGUGAAUAACUUGGAGAAGCGCUUCCUGGUCUGGACAGGUAAAUACAAAAGUGUUGAUGAGGUACCAGACCGUGUAAACCAGAAUGUAGUCGAAAGGGCCAGAAACAGGAUGAGAAUUAGGAUUGCUAAUUACAUGAUGGCUGCAACUGUUAUUGGUUGUAUCCUAAUGGUUUACAGUGGGAAAAGGGCUGCCCAAAAGGGUGAAUCUGUUGCAAAGCAAAAUUUGGAGUGGCAUAAGUCAAUGAGAGCUGAAUAACUUUUUUCUUAUAAUCCUGUUAAUUGAUAUUAAAGAAUAGAAAUAUUAUAUAUAAAAUGUGAUUUGCUUUAGUUUUAUUGUGUAUGAUUAUGAAAUAAAGAAAAUAUUAUAAUCUU